UAAAGUACAGGAUAUAUACACUGCACACGCUCAGCCCCUUCUACGUUUAUCUGCCCGACUGCUCGAUUAACUUUUGCAUCUCGGUGAGGGAAAUGAAUCUCCUUCGCAUCAGUGUAGUUCUGGGACUCCUGGUGGGGGCACUGGCUCAGGUCGGUGUGCUACGGCCUCCGUGCGACUCCCCUGAGGCCGAGGAGGCUGCUCUGGCGGCUCAGGAUUACCUCAAUGCCCAGCACACUCACGGCUACAAGUACGCACUCAACAGGAUCGAAGAAAUCAAGGUCUUUACCAAGCCUGAUGGAGACGACACGUAUGUCUUGGAAGUCGAACUGCUGGAGACGGACUGUCACGUGCUGGACCCCACACCCGUUGCUAACUGCACAGUCAGGCCCAAAGCACUGACGUCCAUUGAAGGAGACUGCGACGUGGUGCUGAAGAAGGUUGGUGGCGCUCUGACUGUCACUGCAUUCAAGUGUAAAACAGAUGUAUCAACAGAGGACCUCUGCUUGGGAUGUCCUACUCUUCUUCCCCUAAAUGACACGGCUGCACUGGACCUUGUGUACGCCUCUCUGGUUACCUUCAACAACAUAACUGUGAACACAACAUACACUCUUCUGGAGGUUGGAAGACUGUCCUCGCAGAUUGUGUCCGGUGGGCCAAUCUAUCUGGCAGAAUAUGUUGUAAUUGAGGCAAACUGCAUUGAUGACAUCUGCUUGCCCCUGAAUGACACCUUGGCUGCACGUGGUAUUUGUACUGCCACAGGUUUGACCUCCAGCCACACAGUGGACUGCAGGAUGUUUUCCACUCUGAUGCCCCUUUUAGAUGCCAACAGCACUUUGGCUGCAGGGCCUGUGGUGCCACCAGUGUUUCAAGGACACACAGGCAGCCUGUCGCACAAGCACGGCCUGAGGCACCACAAACUCACCCGCCUCCAUGACCCUGACUUAAGCGGCCUUCUGUCUGCAGAAUCAGCAGAGUCAGCUGAAAUUGUACCUGUAGCCCCAGCAGUAGAAGUAGAAGUUGCUGCGCCUGCUACCGAUCCUUCUCCCACUGUGGAUCCCGCUCUAGGGGCAGAUGCGUCGAACAGUGCAGAGAUCCCGAUUGUUGUUAUGAAGAGAGAUGUGCCCGUUGCACCUCCUUCUGCAGUGACUGAUGCUCCUGUAAUUGAAGCUGUUCCUCUUGUGCCAGUGUGCCCAGGAAAGAUAAGAUUCUUUGACUGAAGUGAUUAGGUCUCACAGACUCUGUAAUAAUUAUUUUGACUACACUGGUACUAAAGAAACUUUGAUACUCAAGCAUGUACUGUGCUAGGUAGAUAACACAGAUACGCUAACGGACAAGAAAUAACCCAUUUGUUUGAAAAUGUCAAAUCACAUAAGAAUCACAAAAUACCUCUUGAAAUGGAAGACGAUUUUCAUGUAAUCUUGAAUAAAGCUUUCCCUCUCUA